AUGGCACCGUUCUCCAACCCCCCACCUCUUCCACUCCAGGUCUCCCUGCAGGGCUCUCCAGCGGAAGCAAGAGAACGCCCACCGAUCCAAGCGAGAAGCACUCUUCGUCGACUUCAAGCAAGAAUGCAUAUCUUCGUCAAGAGCUCCACGGGCAGGACAAUCCGUCUCAGGGUCAAGCCAUCUGAUACGUUGUCUGCUGUCAAGGCAAAGAUCCAGGAACAAUACCGCCUUGUCUUUGAUGGAGUGGAGCUUGAUGAAGACAACCUUACGUUGGCUGAUUACAACAUCCAGCACAGAUCCACGCUUGACCUUGAAGAGAAGAUGCAAAUCUAUGUAUUGGAGACGCUAUUAGGCACGACCAUCACUGUUGAGGUUGACAGCUCAGAUACUAUUGGUAACGUGAAGGACAAGAUUGAAUCGACGGAGGGCUUCCCCAAGCAUCAACAGUGCCUCCUCUUUGACAACAAACAGCUAGAUGACAACCGCACCUUGGCGGAGAACAACAUUUGGAAGGAGGCCAACCUUCUCCUUGUCCUCCACUCGUCUCCAAGAGGUACGAUGCAGAUCUUUGCGAAGACGAUGACUGGAAAGGCCCUAACUCUAGAGGUGAACAGCACUGACACUAUCGGCAAUGUCAAGAUGAUGAUCUAUAAGAAGGAUGGCACUCGGCCUAAACAGCAACGCCUCAUCUUUGCUGGCAAUCAGCUGGAUGAUGACUGCACUCUUGGAGACUAUGGCAUUCAGAAGGAGGCGACCAUCCAUGUGGUGCUCUGCCUGUGUGGUUGUUGA